AUGUACAAGACAGUCAUCUUGCCGACGCUGCUGUAUGGAGCGGAGACUUGGACAGUGUACACAAAGCAGGCACGCCGACGGAACCACUUUCAGCCCCGUUGUCUGCGUCGCAUCCUGAGGCUGACCUGGCAGGAUCGAAUACCCGACAAUGAUUUAAUGGAAUGGACGGGAAUCCUCAGCAUCUGCACCAUACUGAGGCAAAUGCAGCUGCGUUGGAGCGGCCACCUGGUGCGCAUGGACGACGAGCGACUACCCAAACGACUCUUCUACGGAGACGUCGUCACGGGUUCUCGCCGCCAAGGAGGCCAAAUUCGCCGAUACAAGGAUACUCUGAAGUCCACCCUGAAGCGUCUGCAAAUUAACCCGACCAACUGGGAAGACCUCGCACACGAUCGACCGACCUGGAGGAGGACAGUGAAGACAGGUGCUGCGAUCUAUGAAGCCAACCGCAUCGCCGCCGCCAAAGUAAAACGCGGAGCACGCAAAUCACAGCAACGCCCAUUCCGCAACGCCGACGCACAACCGCUUUCAACGUGUCCUAGGUGCCAAAGAACAUUCCCGGCACGAAUUAAACUUAUUGGACACCUUUGGAUCAACUGCACCUCUCGGACAGCACCAAACGUUGUCCCUCCGCCCGCCUCUUCCUCGUCCUCUCCGCCGCCGACUAACUCUAACUACUCUUCUGAACUACCACUUUCAUCCUCCUCCUCCUCUUGCUCAUCCUCCUCCUCCCCCUCCUCCUUCUCCUCAUUUUCCUCCCUCUCUUCCUACUCAUCCUCCUCCUCCGGUUCGUCCUCCUCCACUGCCCCCACGACGGCCGCUCUGGCGGCUGUCACGCAAAUCAACACCACACACAUGCCUCACACUACAACAGACACCAUUCCUCCAACCCCCGACUCCCGAGGUGAUGACCAGGACUACACCUGCCCUCACUGCGACCGCACCUUCACCUGA